CGCAGCUCGCUGAGCGGAAGCCGCUGCAGAGAGCUCUCUGUCUGCAGCCGCCCCUUUUGAUUCUCAGUCGGCGCUCCUUCAGAUGCUGCUUCGCUCGCAUUAGUCCAUGGUGCCGCGUGCCAUUUUCUCAGGUAGCUCACCUUCCGCUGCAGCCGUCCACCGCGUAGAUGCCCCUGUAAAUCACCAGAUAACCGGAUCUCCUUCCUGGAUAUAAACCCUGCACUUUACCGACGUGUGUGGGAGCGCCAUGUGGAGGAAGGCGUCAGCGGCCGUCCUGCUGGCCUUAGCUGUGGGCUACUUUUACAGUGGCAGCCCGGAGCUGCCGGAGCGGGUCCUGCAGUACUUCAACCAGGCUUCACCGGGAAACGGCCUGGAGCACGCCAUCUCUGCUGCCUGGGAGGCUCUCAUCACCUUACCGUCCCGCCAGUGGAGCAAAGUGGCAGUGGGGGUGAAUGCCUGUGUGGAUGUGGUGGUCUCCGGCGUGGGGCUGCUGCAGGCUCUGGCCGUGGAUCCCGGUGCUGGCCGCGACCACGAGGUGCUGCACUCCAAAGAGGACCUGAAGGAGGCCUUCAUCCAUUUCAUGGAGCGCGGGGCGGCCGCCGAGCGCUUUUUCAGCGAUGAAGAGGUCUUUCAGCAGAUCGCACGUGCAGCUGCAGAGUACCCUGGUGCGAAGCUGUACGUGGGAGGAAACGCAGCUCUGAUGGGUCAGAAGUUUGCCACCUACCCAGACUUGAUGGUUCUGUUGUGUGGGCCUAUCGGUCCUAAACUCCACGAGCUUCUAGACGAGCAGAUCCACGUCCCGCCGGAGUCUCUCCAGGAGAUAGAUGAGUUUCACCUCAUCCUGGAGUACAAAGCAGGCGAACGCUGGGGCUCGACUCAGGCACCGCAAGCCAACCGCUUCAUCUUCUCCCAUGAUGUGUCCAACGGAGGGAUGAGCUCGCUGGAGACGUUUGUGGCCAGUCUGGAGGAGUUCCAGCCGGAGCUGGUGGUCCUGUCCGGCCUCCACAUGAUGGAGGGUCGGGGCAGGGAGCUGUGGGACGGCAGACUCAAGCAGGCUGUCAUGGCUUUAGCUGACAUUCCUAAAGACAUUCCCAUCCACCUGGAGCUGGCCAGCAUGACGGACAAAGACUUCAUGAACAGCAUCAUGCAGGAGCAGGUCAUGCCCAUUGUCAGCUCCAUCGGUCUGAACGAACAGGAGCUGCUCUUCCUCUCUCAGGCUGGAGGGGGCCCUCAUGCCGCGCUGCCAGCCUGGACAGGCGUCCCAGAAGUGGGUCGGGUCAGCGACAUCCUCCUCUGGAUCCUGGAGCGCCACGGCCGCGUCGAGCCGUCGUCCGAGAGCGAGCUGACUCGCAUCCACUUCCAUACUCUGGCCUACCACAUCCUGGCCAUGGUGGACGGGUACUGGGGGAACCAGGCGGCUGCGGUGAUGGCCGGGGCGCGGGUGGCCAGCAGCCAGGCCUGUGGCCUUCAGGCUGUGGACCCCAGCAAGGUGGAGCUGAAGGCGCCGCUGGAGUUUUACAGCUCUCACUCCGAGCCCAGGGAGAAGCUGUCGUUGGACCCCACGGAGCCCGUCGCUGUGUGGCGGCGAGGAAACGUGACCUUUCACUUCACACCGGUGCUCGUCUGCAAACACCCCCUGCGGACAGUAGGACUUGGGGAUGCCAUCUCAGCAGAAGGUCUGGUUUACUCAGAGUUAAAGAUCCAACAGGCUUUCUGAAGACUGUCUGGAAAUGGUGGCUGGAAAACCGAAUCUGCUGUCAGUCUCUCCUGCAGCUGCUAUUCGCAGGACUGUUCCUCCUCCAUCAGGCUCCUUCUUCCCAAGGUUCCUUGACUUGAAUGGGUCAGCAGGGACCCGUUUGAAUCCUGCCUGACGUCUCUGACUGCCGGCCCGGCCUCACAGACGCUGGAGCAGAAGGAGCUCCGUGCCCUGGCCGCGGUGCUGAAGCCAUCCUCACUACUUCCAAAGAGUUCUGCCGUCUCCACUCUUCCCGUCGCCUGCAGAUCUUCUUUAAGCCGUGCCUUUAACUACGCUUUCAUUUCUUUGUGCACAUUUCCACAGCCAAACUAACAACUCUGCGCUUCAGAUCACCGCCUGACACAAACACUUCAAACUGCUGAAACUUCCACUCCAAUCAUCUUUUGAUUUAUGGUGAUAGUUAUGAUUAUGCCAUUUUAGCCUAAAUCAAGACACCUGUGUUGUUUCUACUGCGGUAAUAGUUCAUUAGAAAUUCUCCUGAGUUGUGGGCAUGACUAACCCCAUCCCCUCCCUCCCCCCAUGGCGGAGCAGGGAGCGUGUGCCCCGCCCACCAUAGUCUCUGCAUCACAAAAACAAUCUUUUUUGUUAUCGCUCCCGAUCCACGAUUUGAAUAACGAAACACUCAGAAAUGCAUUUUAAGCUUAAUUUUCCUCCCCACUACGAGAAAAUACAUGUUAAAAACUCCAAGACUACAAUUUUCAUGGAUGUGGGUCAACAAUAUGCCGACUAGAGAAAAACUGUCCUUAAGAGAAACACUUCCUGUCAUACAGUUAUUGAUGUGAGUUUUUAUUUUUGAGCGAUGCACUCCCAGUGUGAACAUGUUCUCCAUUUAGAAUUUCCACCGUAGCGUUGCCUUUAUAUAAAGAGACGUAUUUUAUUUAGAAGUAGGAACUUCAAAUCUGAGUCUUAAUGCAGUUCUAGUUAUGACUAAGAACCAUUGAAAGUUGAAUCCAGAUGUGGAUCCUGUUCUUUUGAAGCCUUUUAUUCAGUCUGUAGGGGUUCACAUGUCUGAAGUGUGUGGCUGAGCUUUCUGUGAGAAAACACGACAAUGUGAUGUUUGUGAGCACUCCUUUAUCCUGUUAGAACAUGGCUAACACAUGACCACUUCAGUUGUGCAACAAUGAUGGAGUCUUACUGCAAACCAUUUUAUUUUUACUGUUUUGUUUUUUGUUGUGUGCUUGGAAGAGCAAACCUGCUCUUCAUUUCUUAUAGUUUUUUUGCGAGUACAAUCUGUUUAAAUUUCAUUUCUUCACAUUUCACUGUCAUGUCUUCAGUACUUGUAACAUUUCAUCCAUCUGUCCUUUAAAUUGAAAUGCUGAACGUUCAUUUGUACGUGUUUAAGGAACAUUAUUGGGUAUGCAAUAAUAAAGAUAAAGCUGGGAGUUGGUAAGAAA